AUGUCUGAUAUCAAGGUACGAAUACGCGGGCCUGCUGGCCUCUCAACCGCCACGUUAGGCGAAAGCGCAACCGUGAAGGACCUCCGAGCUCAGAUCACCGAGAAAACGGGACUCCCCGCAUACGCAUAUGACGUGAAAUAUGGCUACCCAGUGAAGCCGCUAUCUCUGGAGACAUUCGACGAAAACCAGAAAUUGGCUGAGUUAGGGAUCAAACUCCAUGGGGAAAGUCUUAUAAUCACCGCCAAGGAAGCACCAACACCAGCACCAUCAACACCGCUGGUAACCAAAAAUGAAGCGCCUGUUCCUUCCACCGGUCGACCCCCUUCUCCGAAACUCUCUCUAUCGCGCAGCAACAGGAAAAGUGCCGGCGAUCCUCCGGAAGUUCCGUCGCCGGAGCACAACGGUACGUUCGUCUUAAGGGUCAUGCCCGAUGACAACUCGUGUUUGUUCCGUGCAGUUAGCACCGCGCUUCUAGGAGGCGAGGAUGCGAUGACCGAGCUCCGAUCGAUUGUUGCCGAGGAAAUCCAGAACAAUCCGAAUGAGUACCCCAAGGUGGUCCUGGAGAAAGAUCCUGACGACUAUUGCCGCUGGAUUAAGAAUGAGAAUUCAUGGGGCGGAGCGAUCGAGCUGAGCAUUUUAAGCAAACAUUUCGGCGUCGAGAUAUGGACGAUUGACGUCCAAUCGCUCGCUCCGGUCCGAUUUAAUGAGGGUCAAAGUCAGCGAUGUAUUUUGGUCUACUCGGGCAUUCACUACGAUACCAUUGCAUUGACACCAGCUGUUACUGCACCUCCAGACUUUGAUACAAAGGUCUUCGAUGCGGCGGACCCGUUGGUGGAGGAAAGAUCGCUAGCGCUUUGCAAACUGCUACAGGGACAGCAUUAUUAUACAGAUACGGCAAAUUUUCGCAUCAAAUGCCGCCAGUGCGGAGGUACAUUCACCGGAGAACAGGGUGCAACCCAGCAUGCGGAGCAGACCGGGCACACUGAUUUCCAAGAGGCAGCCUAG